GUUUCCAGGCAGUCCUGCCCAUCGGACGUUUCUCGCCGUCGAGAUUCCACUCGCCGUCUUUUUUCCUUUCGUCCAUCGACACGUAAUCGCAGAACAGGCUAUAAAUAUGAAGUGCACCUCCCAUUUUAUAAAUUUGAAACUUUUAAGAUUAAUUAGUCUUUAAGUGUACACAAAAUACGACAGGCAAGCUUGAUGACAACAGCCAGAGAGGAAGACCUCAAAUGGGCAAACCCGGGGAAGCACUUUCGCGUUUCGGAUUACUUUGGGGGAUCUCGGCCCUGACUGCACUCUUGGUGGCCUUCGUCAGCGGCUCCUGGUUGUACACGGACGAGCCCAUUUCGCUGCCCAAUUCAACACGACUCUCCUUUUCCAUCGGCAUCACUGUAGGACUAUGGACCGUGUGCCCUUACGUGAAGAAGAUAAACACUACAAUACAUUUUACAUCUCCCACUUGUUCCUUGGUAAAAUAUAAGAAGUGGGACUAUGAUUUUUCAGACUUCGAGGUUUCUGGCGCUUUGGAUCUGGCGCAACUCAUAGUAUCAAGAAUAAGAUCAUGUACUUUACUUUGCGGAACAGCCAUAAUAUUGAUUAUCACGGCGGUCAUUCUAGCCGUUUUGGGAUAUAUCAACAAUGAUAGGAAGAUCGUUAUAGCUUGCGGAGUUUUCAUUCUUGGAGGUUUGUCGAUCGGUACCAGCCUGGUAAUCUUUGUGACCUACCUUACGGAGACGUUAAUAGAAGUGUCACACACCGACAAGGGACUGCACUUCGUGUACCAUUACGGGUGGUGUUUCUAUUUGGCCAGCACAGCGUUCCUUUUGACCAACGCAGCUGGUUUGUUCUCCAUCAUGGGAUAUAUGAACACAUUCUCCAACGUCGAUGAAAUGGUCAAACAGAUGGUUCCAGGAGGAAAGAGAAAGCUCCAGCAGUACCCAUACAAGAGCACCCUAGUGAAACACGAGUACCAGCAGUACGAUUUACUUUCUAGUAGUCGAUUGAAGAUGGAAUCUGAUUACGGUGCUGUCACCACUGAUACUCCACCAGAUGUGUGUUCCACAAGUCACUGUCCGCUACCGACAAAAGGAGACUACAGUCUCUCUACUCUACCAGAGGAAGGUUUCAACGAAGGGCCCAUUUUGGCUGGACAAACUGUACCAAUAACCAUUAAAAGCCAAAGCACAUCAAUGGGAUUUUCUAGUUUACCCGUUACGAAAUACGAAACGGUGUGUCAGGGGUAUUGUGAAGUUGCAGAGAUUGAAGAACCCGCUUGUAGUACUUACUAUGACGAAGAUUAUACCGGUCAGGGUCCACAAAAAGGUAAAGGUAUACUCAAUUUUAGUAAUAAAAGGCCUAACACACAUUCUUUUGGAAGUGCAGUGUGAUAAUUGUAAACAACGACAGCGAUACGGAUUAAUUUUUAUUUUAAA